UUCUAAUUCAGAUUACUAUUUUUAGUAAAAGAAUAAUUCAGUAAUUUGUUUUCAAUAAAAUAUUUGAUGUAGCUGAUAUUGCAGUAAAUAAUGUAGGUCUAAGCAGUAGGUUAGAGAGCUGAUGCUUGCAGUAUACUUGUGAGCUUUAAAUGAGAGUUUAUUUUCUUAUAUACAUAUCUAUAAAUAUACUGGUGCAAUUUUCUACUUUCUAAGCCUGUUGGAUAUUUAUGUACAUGUAUAUUUUAUAUAGGAAUAUAUGAAGAUGGACACAUGCAGAUUUUUUUUCCCCUGUUGGUAAACCACUUUUUUUUUUUUUUUGAUAAUUUUCUGACAUAUUUUUAGUACAAAUUAUAGUGUAGGAGCAGGCUACUGGAGAAUAAAGCCUUCUGGUCUUGGAAUCGCGUGAGUGGUGACUGACAGUGCCAGGCUCCACCCAUCAGCUUGCUACUCUAUGCACAUGAGCUGUGGAUUCCCUAAAGAACAGACUGUAUUGGAAUCCAUCUUGUUACUAAACUCUCUGUGCUGCUUAACUGCCUGAAUCUGUGUGACAUCUAGUGUUAACAUUACUAAAAGGAGAGCUUUUAAUAAACAAAGUUUUCUAAAAUACAGAACUGGUUUGGAUAACGGAUAUGGGUUUAAAUAAUUAAAAAUAUGGUCUUCAUGGUGGAAAACCACUUUCAUUUAGAACAUUUAACUUUUCAGAAGUGUCAGACACUUAAACACUCCAACUAAGAUGAUGGAAAUGAGAGUCUCUCUCUGCACCAUUUUUCUGUUCUCUUUGCUUGCACCUUUGCUGGCUGAAUUCUUUAGUGAUGAAUAUUCAGCCAGUUUAGAAAACAUCCUCCCUACGAUGACCCGACCCAUGAACACCAGCCGCACCUUCUAUGGAAUCAUGUUCGAUGCUGGGAGCACAGGGACUCGCAUCCAUGUUUAUACUUUUAUUCAGAAGUCUUCAGCUCAAAUUCCAAGUUUAAACAAUGAGAUUUUCAAGUCAGUGAAACCAGGACUUUCUGCCUAUGCUGACAAUCCUGCUACGGGAGGAGAAACUGUUCGUGCCCUACUAGAGACUGCCAAGGAGACGGUGCCCCCAAGGUACUGGAGCAAGACACCUGUCGUUCUAAAAGCCACAGCAGGUCUUAGACUGCUUCCAGAAUAUAAGGCAGAAGCCCUGCUGCAGGAGGUUCAAGGGGUUUUUGAUGAGUCACCCUUUUAUGUACCAAACGAAAGUGUCAGCAUAAUGAAUGGAACACAUGAAGGAAUUUUGGCUUGGAUUACAGUAAAUUUUUUAACAGGUAAUUUUUAUGGGAAAAACUUUAAGACUUAUGGAACCUUGGACUUGGGUGGAGGUUCAACUCAGAUCACAUUUAUGCCAAAAUCAAAGAAAACCCUUUUAUUAGCUCCUAAGGAUCACACUGCUACAUUUGAAAUGUUUAACCGCACUUAUCAGCUGUACACUCAUAGUUAUCUUGGAUGUGGACUCAUGGCGGCUAGGGUGGCAACUAUGGGAGCAAAUGAAUGGGAUGCACCAUACAAUGUAUAUACAAGCAGCUGCCUACCUAAGAAAUUUAAAGGAGAAUGGAGUUUUGGAAGGGUCACUUACAGAGUCAGUGGGAAUCCUGAUGGCUAUGCUGGUUAUAAGUUAUGCUACCAAGAAGUCAUUAAUGUUGUCAGAGGAGUCAUCAACCAGCCAUUUGUAUUAAGAGGCACAACCUUCUAUGCUUUCUCAUACUACUUUGACAGAGCUGUUGACUCAGGGCUGAUUGAUGGACAAAGAGGCGGUAUUGUGGAAGUUAGAGAUUUCAAGAAGAAAGCUAAAGAAGUGUGCAACAACAUGACAAAGUACCGCCCAAUAAGCCCAUUCCUAUGUAUGGACAUGACUUACAUCACUGCUUUGCUGAAAGAAGGGUUUGGAUUCAAGGAACACACAGUCUUACAUCUUACCAAAAAGGUGAACAAUGUUGAGACAAGCUGGGCUCUAGGUGCAGCAUUCCACCUGCUUCAAUCGCUGAAGAGCAUGUGAGAAACUCAUGUUGAGAGAUAUUCACGGUUGACAUAUAUGAAACCUGCAGAAAACUCGAGGAAAAAAGUCAAAUUCUGUUUAGCAGUUGACAGAGAUGCUGAAAUUGCAGUAGUCUUACUUGGAUGUGUAUUGUACAUUUAAGAUUAUGAACAACUACUACACAUCAAUAGUAUUACUGGGUUAUUAUAGUACUAAACAUUAUAUCAUCAAUAUCCAUUCAUUAUGCCUAUGCACAGUAUUUUUGUUCAUGCUGUUGGUUGUUUUUGUAAAAAUUUCCUUAUGGGAUUUCCUUUAUAUAGGUAAAUUGCACACAGAA